CUGCACUCUCCCCCGUCUUUCUCUCCGUUGAUCAUCGGCGAUGCCAUGGUCGUCUUCGUAUAAGAGCUAAUCUAGCUGCUCCCUCGAUCGAUCGGCCAACGUGGUGGUGGCGAUGGUCUCGCCUGAGAAUGUGCAUUGGCUUCCACGGGAGUACGGGGGUUCCUAGCAAAGCGUGCACUGAGGCGGUGAUGAGAAGUGGCGCCAUCACGUACUACCACACGCUGACCAGGGUUUGCUAGGUGCUCGAUCAUUGCAUGCUGAGUACUUCCAUCACCUUCUCAAGCUUGUGACGUAGAUUGACCAGUACAUAAACCCCCUCUCCUCUCCCUUCCUUCCCCCGACGACCGAGCAGAGGAGAAACACACAGAGGAGACCAAGUUUGGAAGUGAGUGAUGCAGGGAGACCACGGGUAUUACGGUGGCAGGGACUCGCCGCCCCAGGGAUAUGGGUAUGGCAGCUACGGCUACGGCAGCGGCUAUGGCUACGACGCUGGAGGGUCGUACUACUCCAAUGACGGGUACCCGGCUGCGGUGGCAGCGGCGUACGAGGACCCGAUGGUUGGGAGGAGGACGCAUGACUUCCUAGCGCCGAUGAACGAGCUGGAGUUCCAGCCGUCGGCGACGUGCCCCAAGAAUUACGUCAUCUUCGACCAGACGUGCACCAAGAGCCGGGUCAUGUUCCACCCCUCGCUGGCCCACAAGUUCGGCGGCGGAUCAUCGGCGUACGACAACAACAACGCGUACGGUGGCGGCGACGCGCAUGACGCUAGGAAGGGAGCGUACAGGGACAACGUCGAGUACGACGACAGCUGCUCGGUGCGGCAGAAGGAGGACAUGGACGAAAUCGACGCGCUGCUCAGCUCGGAGGACGGCGACGAGGACGACGUGGUGACCACGGGGCGCACGCCGGGGUACCGGGACAGCAGCUCCCCAGACUCGACGUGCUCUUCCAGCUACGGUGGCGGCGAGCAGGCGAGGCCCCGGCACAAGAAGAAGCGCAUGAAGAAGAUGGUGCGCACGCUCAAGGGCAUCUUCCCCGGCGGCAACCAGCUGGACACCCCCGCCGUGCUCAACGAGGCCGUCCGGUACCUCAAGUCGCUGAAGGUGGAGGUCAAGAAGCCCGGCGUGCGCGGCUCCGACAACUGAUCACCACUAUCAUCAUCAUCAUCGACGACGACGAUGACUACACCGGCGAAAAAAAGGCAGUUGCUACAGCAGCAGCAGCGAUCAAGUACUACUGAAACUAAACACUGCACAACAUGUACCCUACCCCCAUCAUCCAUUUCUCCAUACCUUGGUCAGCAUUGGCAUCGCCAAGCUAAGCUAAGGUAGCUAGCUAGUUGAUGCUCUUGUCGCAGUGCCAUGAUCUGGCCAAACUCUUUUUGUGCGCUCUACUUCAUGGCUAUGGGCUCUAUGUUCCGUCCAUGAUGAGGGAGAGCAUGGAUGGGGCACAGAGGAGAGGCAACGAUCAUCAUCAAUGUGUAUUAGUACUGCUAGCUACUAGUGCUCUGCUUUGGCUAGUGUAGUGUGUAGUAGUGGAGAGAUGAUGGAUAUGGAGAUUUAAGCAGGCAGAGGAGAGGAGCAGAGAGCAUUUUGCAUGUUUGCAAUUUUGCAUGCUUUGGCUUUGUCUACUCUCCUCUUCGCUUGUUGGCUCGUUGCCUUGCUAGCUUUUUUCCCCUUUCUCCCCUGCCAUGUCACUGCUGCAGUGCUGCUGUUGGCACCCGGCACCCCCAAUCUUUUCCUGGAUGAAUUGUCCAUUGAUGAUCCCCUCCUUUUCCCUUUAGCUUGGUAGCUAAAUGCUAUAU